AUGAACGCCAAAGGUCGACAGAAAAAGAUGUAUGCCCUUGUUUUGGUUGGUAAUGGUAAAGGCUUAGCAGGAUAUGGUGAAGGUAAAGAUGAAGAGACCAAUCUUGCCAUUCGAAAGGCAACCAAUCGAGCUAUUCGCAACUUGCAGUACUUUGAAAGAUAUGAUGAUCGCACAGUUGCCCAUGAUAUUUUACACAAGUUCCAUGCGACACGUAUUGAACUGAGAGCUAGACAACCUGGUUUCGGUAUUAGAGCAAACCAUGUCAUUCACGAGAUUUGUAAAUGUAUUGGUAUUCAAGAUAUUAGUGGUAAAGUCAGAGGAUCUAAAUCGCCUAUGAAUGUACUCAAGGCAACAUUUGAAGCGUUUCAACAACAAAGAAUGCCAGAGGACAUUGCAAAGAUAAGAGGCAAGAAGAUUUCAGAUAUUCAACAUGUGUACUUUGAUAGUCAAUGA